UUAUGAAGUUGGUGCACCACCAGACUGUUUAACACGACUUCGUGUGGUUACUCUCAUCCUGCAGUAAACACCUGGGAACUUUGGUUGUCUGUUUGGCUGUAGUGCUCUACCUUCAGAAGCUAAGGACCUGUCUCCUGUUUUGUAAAUACUGAAUGGCAGACUCCGGAUCUGGCCGUGGAGGCUUCAGAGGUGGCUUCGGCACCCGUGGACGAGGACGUGGUCGUGGCCGUGGUCGUGGCCGUGGCCGUGGUCGUGGCAAAGAGAAUGAGAAGGAAUGGGUACCAAUAACGAAGCUUGGACGUCUUGUAAAGGAUGCAAAGAUCAGGAGUCUAGAGGAAAUCUAUCUUUUCUCCCUUCCUAUCAAGGAGUUUGAGAUCAUUGACUUCUUCCUUGGACCUAAGCUGAAAGAUGAGGUAUUGAAGAUCAUGCCUGUCCAGAAACAAACCCGUGCUGGACAACGUACUCGCUUUAAGGCUUUUGUUGCCAUUGGAGACUUUGAUGGACACAUUGGUCUUGGUGUGAAAUGUAGCAAGGAAGUUGCCACUGCUAUUCGUGGUGCCAUAAUUUUGGCAAAGCUAUCUAUUGUCCCUGUUAGACGUGGUUAUUGGGGUAACAAGAUUGGUAAACCCCACACAGUGCCUUGCAAGGUAACUGGUAAAUGUGGUUCUGUUUUGGUGAGGCUCAUCCCUGCACCACGUGGUACCAGCAUUGUGGCAGCCACUGUUCCUAAGAAGCUUCUGCAGAUGGCUGGUAUUGAAGAUUGCUACACUAGUGCCCGAGGACAAACCGCUACUUUGGGUAAUUUUGCCAAGGCCACGUAUGCUGCUAUUGCCAAGACUUACGCUUUCCUCACACCAGAUUUGUGGAAAGAGACUGUAUUUACAAAGUCUCCUUACCAAGAGUUUACAGACUAUCUGGCAAAAUACCACAAGAAUAGUUCGGAACAGCGCCAGGAAACUAAACUUUACUAGAAAAGUUGUUCUUACCGUAAAUAAAAGUACGGUGUUAA